CCGCUACCACCUUUUAAAGCAGAGCAUCAAAGGACCCGGGCUCCGAGCUUCCUCCAGCCGGCAGGUCAACGCCGGCCUUACAUCUGAACCCAGCACCCCCAAUCGGAAUCUGUACGGCAGUCGUACAGCGAUAGGACAGCAUCUUCUCCGCCUGCUCCUUGACGCCCCGGAUUUGAACGCUGCCACCUGGGGGUCCCCCACCUCCCCUACUUCUCCUUCUGAACGCAAAAGUAGCCUCGCAACAGCCACCGCCUCCGCUGCCUCCGCCCCAGCAACCGCGGCCGAAAGCACACCCAAACCCACAUCGUGUACGGCAUUGAAUCCUGGCACGCCAGAUGCCGACGCAGGGCUUCGAGCAAGUCUUGACAGCGUCGCAUCGCUGGUUCAGGAGGUUGCCGCCUUGAUGACGUCACACAGGGACAAGGCAUUACUGCUGAACGCCAUCGAUUCAUGCCAGGCGCGAGUGAAUACGGCACGGGCUGGCGGCAGCGAGAGGAGGACCGGCGGACCGCACAGCGGCGGCGGCGGCGGCGGCACCGCCGCAAGUUCUCCACACCCACCCGCAAAAUGGGCUUCUUCUUCCGGAUGCAAUAUCACCCCGGGCGGGCACAGCAGCAACAACAAUACAAAUAAUAACAGUUCCUCCAGCGGUGAGAUUAACAGCACUAAGAGCAGUAGAACAGUAAUGGGCGAUGGCUUGAGUUCCGGUAGCCAUGGGUACGGCAGCGCGUACGACUGCUGGGACUGGCGGCGCGUACGACACGUGGUUGUGGUGGGUUUGGGUUCCCUGGGUACCUACCAGGCGGCUUUGCGAAGCGGACAGCAAACGGAACGUGACAGCACCCGGGCCGCUUCCAGGUUGUACCAGCUGGCGUUAUCUCUGGUCCUUGCAUCACCCGCUGUACUACCCGGGCUGGGGGAGCCCUUACAACAGGCUACCAGCGAAAUCGCCGUACCGACCGCUCUAAGCAAAAUCGAAGCCGACACGGCAGCUACAGCUACAGCUGAUGCAGUUGUACAGGAAAUAGCAGCUCAGGAAGCGCAGGCGCAGGUGCAAUACUUUGACCCCGAAUAUCUAGAAUGGGAUGUACGGCUCGUACGGCAGCUCUGGUGGGGCACCCCCCAUGAUGGUGUCAGCAGGAGACUCCCCCCUGGAGUAGGAGGUGUGGUUGAAGAGCAGGAGGAGGAAGGAAGCACGCCUGAGUGUGCCCAGGAUGAGGAUGGUCAGAGGCGAGGCCAAAGAGCUGCCAUCACCAUUGCUGCUGCAGCCGCACCCACGGUUGCCCUCGUCGCACAUGAGCCCACACUCUUCUAUGCGCCUUGCUGUCCACGAGAGGUGUACGACAUGAUUGUACGGCACAACUUGGCGGUAGGCACGCUGCGCAACGUAGCCUUGGUGGGCAACAGCCUCAAGGCGCAGGCAGAUACGGCAAUUCUGAUGAGGGCUUUUGGUGGUGGCUUCGGUAGUAGCGGUUGCAAGCCGGGGGCCACUGGUAGCAUCGGCGGCGGCAUCGGCAACGGAUUUUCCGCGGCUGCUGGCGGAAGUGGGAUGGGAUUAGGGCGGGCAGGCGCGGAGUUUAAUGGCGAUGGGCAGGUUGAAUGUGCGGAGUGGGAGGCUUCUGGGCCACUUGAACACAUUGUCAUUUCUACAAUUGAUCACCAUAUAGCACCAUCCACCGUGCUCCCGGUUUUUAAGUAA